UGCUCCGCCCCUGGGGCGGAUCCAGCAAGCACUGUCGUCCGAGAGCCUUGCGAGCAGCCGGGUGGGCUGAGGGGGCGGCGGCGGCGGCAGCAUUGGAGCGGGGGAAGUUUGGGAGCCGUGGCCCCCUCUGCGAUCCAGAACACCGCUCAAGCCCCGAGGACCGCGGGGACAGGCGGACCCGCUUCCCGACGCCCCCGGGCCCGCAGCCGUCAUCUCGUGUCCUCUCGUGGUAAGGGGCUUCUCUCUGGAAAGGGAGAUAUUUAAGCGUCUAAAAUGUCAUCUGUGAAGCCCCUAGUUUAUGCAGUUAUUCGUUUCUUGCGGGAACAAAGUCAGAUGGAUGCAUAUACUUCUGAUGAACAAGAAAGUUUGGAAGUUGCCAUCCAGUGUUUGGAGACCGUUUUUAAGAUCAGUCCAGAAGACACACAUCUGGCAGUUUCACAGCCUUUGACAGAAAUGUUCACAAACUCCGUCUGUAAGAAUGACAUACGGCCGCUUUCAAACUCAGUGCCCGAGGAUGUGGGAAAGGCGGACCAGCUGAAGGAUGAAGGCAAUAACCACAUGAAAGAAGAAAAUUACGCUGCGGCAGUGGACUGCUACACGCAGGCAAUAGAACUGGAUCCCAACAAUGCCGUUUAUUAUUGCAACAGGGCUGCUGCUCAAAGCAAAUUAAGUCACUACACAGACGCAAUCAAGGACUGCGAGAAAGCCAUUGCAAUUGACUCGAAAUACAGCAAGGCCUACGGAAGGAUGGGGCUCGCCCUCACUGCCAUGAAUAAGUUUGAAGAGGCCGUUACAAGCUACCAGAAGGCACUGGAUCUCGAUCCUGAGAAUGAUUCGUAUAAGUCAAAUCUGAAAAUAGCAGAACAGAAGUUGAGAGAGGUGUCUAGCCCUACGGGAACCGGGCUGAGCUUUGACAUGGCUAGCUUGAUAAAUAACCCGGCCUUCAUCACCAUGGCUGCAAGUUUAAUGCAGAACCCUCAAGUUCAGCAGCUAAUGUCAGGGAUGAUGACAAAUGCCAUUGGAGGACCAGCUGCCGGAGUUGGAGGCCUAACAGACCUGUCUAGCCUAAUCCAAGCGGGGCAGCAGUUUGCGCAGCAGAUACAACAGCAGAAUCCGGAACUCAUAGAGCAGCUGAGAAACCACAUCCGGAGCAGAUCGUUCAGCAGCAGUGCAGACGAACACUCCUGACUUGACCAGGACCCUCGCCCCAGUACAAACAUUCUGACGUGUACACUUGUAGAUAAUAGCCAAAAACAAAGUAACAAAACCCACCCUAUACAGAGUCUGAACAUAACGGAGGAAAGUCUCCUGUGUAAACCUGAGAGAAUACAUCUGUUUAGAUAAUAGUUUACCACAAGCAGACUUGAACGUAAUCCAGACAGACUCCUUUGGAAAGCAGUGAUCAGUAGCCUUGUUAAGGGUGAAUACAGCCUGGGGACAAGGGUCCAUCCAUUUUAAAACUUUUAUCAUCAUAUUUGUAUAUUAGACUUAGUACAGAGUAUAUUUAUUGAAUAGUAGGGCUAUUUAUUGGAAAGUUCGUUAGCUGCAGGUUUCCCUAGGCAGUGGUCUUGAGCGGGGCGAUGCUGGUUUAGAAGACACGUGCUUGGCAGCACGUCAGAGAGAAGCGCUGGCACGCGCUACCAUCAGUGACGCGUGUCUAUCGAGAGUGGCACUUGGAAGAUACUGUGAAUGCCCAGAAAGCGAAGGCAGUGUGCUCAGGUUUUCUGCAUAGAUUUUUUAAACUAAGCUUGUCUGUAGCUUCGUGUUUAUAGCAUUCGCAUGGCCAGUUAAGUACAUAAUGAAACAUACUUAGAAAUCCUUAAUGAUGCUGGUCAGGUCAGUGACAUUACUGCCCCAUUUAAUUAUCACAGCUUAAAUGUCACAAUUUCAUUGCUGGAAAACUUACCUAGGGCAGUAUCUCGUUACAUUUAAAGAAGCCACUGACGUGUCCCCAGAUUCCGGGUUUCCUAAGUGGGAUUUAAUUAUGUGCCCAUCAAAGACGACGACGACGAUGACUAUUUUUCUUGACCAUUAUUUGAUGGCUAACAGAAGCAUCCAUCUCUAACAUUGCUCACUUGUGUAAUCCUUUGGUGCAGUUUGGCUUGGCAUGUCGGUUCUUAUGCUUAACUUUAAUUUAUUGCAAUUUAAACGUAACAGGAGACUUCAACUGUCUUAUUUUAAAUUGGAUGCCACACUGUGCAUCUGGCGUGUGCUUAGUAGGAAGAAAUGACACGAGCUAUCGAUGGGAGGACUCUUAGUGCACUGAUGGAUAAGAAGGCUCAUUUCAAAUGGAACUGGCUUAUUAACCAAAAACUUGGUUCGUAUCCCAUCACUGCAUUAGAGAGGAAAUAAGUAGGAACAGAGAGUAGAUGCCCCAUGGAACAGAUCCUGGAGCUGUUAAAGGACAACCAGAGCGCCUGGGAACACAGAUCAGUGCAUAGUGCUUGCCCAGCAUGUGUGAGGCCCUGGGUUACCCCUUCCCUAGUACUGCAUGCAAAGGGAAUGGCGGUGAGUCCCAGCACGUGGGAGGUAAGGGUCAGGACCAGGAAUUCAGCAUCACUCUUGGCUACACAGUGAGUACAAUGCUAGCCUGGGCUACAGGACCCCUGUCUCGAAAACAAAAACCCCCAAACACCCCAGUAGAAAAAAAACCCGACCCAAACAACAACAAAACAGACAAUUAGAAAACCUCAUGACUUGCUCUAGAUUUCUGUAUUUAACAACUUUGGGAAACAAAUCUUUGUGAAGAAGAUAAGCUGAAUAGGCCUGUCUUGUUAAAAAAAAAAAAAUAAGGCUCAGAUGAUUUCAGUGGUCUUGGGAGAGAAGGAUAUCCCUUCUCUUUAACUCUUUCGGGAAGCAGACAAGGAAGAAACAGCCCCCAACUCAUGUGAGCAGUAGGACUCGGAUAAGAAUUCCCAGCUUGGGAACUCUAUCUUCAUGUGCUGAUGCCCCUUGCUGAAGGCAGCUCUUCUUAGGUGGGACACAGGAACCAGUGCAUCUUUCACUGCACGUUUCUAGUUUUGUUUCUUUGGGAAGGAAGGACCAGACAGCCAGAUGUUGUCUCCCAUUUCCACAGAUUUUCUUUCCAGUCAGGACACCCUUCACUCUUCGGGUCUGUCCAGCACAUCGGAAUCAUCACACUGCAAGCCAUUUCAAUAAUUUUUUUGGUAUGGUCUGAUUGUGCUAGCUGUCUUAAAA